GAACACAGAGAGAAAGAAAGUUAGAAGACUCUCUAGUUCAUCCCGAAGGUUUUAAAAAGAUAAAAAUCAUGGACGCUUUUGAUGCGAUUCCUAAUCAUGUGGUCAUCGACAUUUUGAACAAAGUCGCUGACGUCAAAACGCUGAUACGAUGUCGUUCCGUCUCUAAACGAUUCAACUCGUUAGCAACUCAGUCCGACUCGCUCCUUCUCCAACUCGAUCAGAUCCUCGGCGCCACCGAAUCGGAGCCGGAGAUCAGCUCUCCGGUGGCUAGCUUCUUCCGUUCGAUCUUCAAAUCUAUCCUCCCGAUCUUCUCCAGAUCCGCUAAACCGGUCGAAACUCCGAAGACUCCGGCUCAGAUUCUCGCCGGAUUUAACCGGAUCCGGAAUCUCGACGUGGAGUUAUACGGCGGAGACGCGAAUCUCGAGAAAGGCGCUGCGGUUAAGUGGAAGGCGGAGUUCGGAGAGACUCUCAAGAGCUCCGUCAUCGUCGCGUUCCGCUCCGCGACGGUCAACGCGUCGGCGACGGAGUCUCCGAUCGACGCCGUGGAGACGGAUUCGGAGUUCGUCUGCGGUUUGAAGACGCGCGUGGUGUGGACGAUCAACGCGUUGAUGGCGGCCUCCACGCGCCACCACCUGAUGAGAGAUCUGGUGAAGGAGCACAAGGAGAUGGAGCGGUUAACCGUGCGUGACAGAGACGACGAAGGUACGGUGGUGAUGGACGCCGCGGGGAUGAGAGAGUACAGAGAGACGGAGGCGCGCGUGGACGAAAAGGGAUUGGGAUUAGAGCGCGUGAGGGAACGCACGGAGGUGCCUAACGUGAGGAUGAGUAUGAGACACGCGCCGAUGCUUAAGCUGAAGAGCGGGAUCUGUCUCGAGGCCGCGACGCUCGUCGUCGUGAGGCCGAGCGGUGUGGCUUCCGAUGACAACGAUGUUGAGCUGGCGACGGAGGCGUUCGCCGCCGAUUGUAUGUACGGAGAAGCCGUUACGGCGUUGCUGAAACGUAGGAGAAAUGUGUUAGAGAUGAAUUCCUUCUAGAGGCCCAAUGGGCUUUUUAUUUGUUUGGCCUUUUUAAUGUAUAGUGUAUACCGACAACACCGUACAAUCCCAUCUGUACUUGAUGGCGUACGAGUUUGGUCAAACUCGAAUUAUUACAUUAAUAGAAUAUGAUUAUUAUCACAUUUAAUGCGUCGUGACAGUAUAGUACAGACAAAUAGUUAUAGUUUAA